AGCGAGGGCAGCGGGAGCUGUUUUAAAAGAGGACAAGGGGAGGCAAGCGGCAGAGCGCAGGCAGGAGCAGGCAGCGCCAGGGCAGCUGGGAGCUGCUGUCCUCUCCCCGGCGACAUCUAGCACCGGGGACGGGGUGCGAGGAGCUGGGGGACCGACCCCACAGACAUUUAAACACUUUAAAACCCCCGGCGCCUCUUCAGGUACCUGCUGUCUCACCAUGAAGCUCCUGACAGCAGCCUUGCUCCUGCUCCUCAUUGCGAUGUGCUUGGCCAGCGUGGAAGGAGUAAAAUGCAAGUGUUCAAGAAAAGGUCCUAAAAUAAGAUUCUCUAACGUGCGGAAGCUGGAAAUAAAGCCGAGGUACCCGUUCUGCGUGGAAGAGAUGAUUAUCGUGACCCUGUGGACACGGGUGCGAGGGGAGCAGCAGCACUGCUUGAACCCCAAACGCCAGAACACAGUGAGGCUGCUCAAGUGGUACAGAGUAUGGAAAGAGAAAGGCAGGGUUUAUGAAGAAUAAAAGGAAGCAGCAUGAGGAACGGAGCAGACUCCCUUGGCUGGCAUAGGACUGGGCUCUGCAUAAGAUUAUGUCUCUCACACAGACACAAAAUCUAUAUUAUUAUAAAGCACUUUUUACCGAGGGUCAGUUUUUACAUUUUAUAGCCACGUGCAAAAGGCUUCCAGAUUUCACAAGCAUCUGUUGCACAUCAGACUUCACACCCGUCUGCUCUGUACUGAGAUUAGGGGAAAAACCUCAUGCUUUUCAUUUUAAAGAAGUUUUUUAGGUUUGGGGUUUUUUUAUUAUUUUUGAUUGUUAUUCAUUCAUACUUCACUAUGAUUGCAAUCGAGCUUUAUAAGCUCAUUAGACAGAUAGCCAUGGUUGGGAAGGUCUUCUACAGCCCUGUCCCUCACCCCUUGGCAGUGAGAAAGCUUUGGUGCCGUGGUUGUUGCUCAUGGUUGCAGCCUCCACUGUAGUUGGGCAAAGCAGGGAGCAAACACUGGUUUGCUGGGGAUGAUGCCACUGAAAUGUGGGGGCUGUAACUGCAGAAAGGAGGUCCCUCAGCCUGUCAGAUGAGCAAGAAGAUCACUUGCAUACCUCUUGUACUUGAGGUCUUGCUGCAAGGCGAAGCACCCCACAUCUCCCAUGUCACCUUCCAUGCAUUAGAAAGCAUUUCUAUUACUAAAAAAUGCUUGGGUUUCUUUUCUUUUUUUCUUCUCAGUUCUUACAGAAAGUCUGUGGCUUCAGUACUGAGACAUUUUAAGCUUCAAGACUAUUGUGUACGAUUUCCUAGAUUUGUAGCAACAACAAAAAAAGCCUUUAAAAGGUACCUUUUUAUGAAAAAUGUGAUAGGGCAAACAUAUAAAUACCUAUCUAUGUUUUAGUCACAAUACAACAUAUUCAUUAUUUUGAAUGUAAUACUUCCAUGUUAAGCAGUGCAUUCCUCUUUUUAAAAUAACACAACUACCUUUUCAUUUGUAAAUACACUAUAGGAAGUCUCCCUACAUUAUCCUCUUGUAUAAUGUACUGUACUGCUAAAUUAUCAUAUGCUAUUUAAAUGUUGGAAAUAUUUAGAAGGUUGCAUGCAGAUUUCAUAUUUCUAAGACAAAUGAAAAAAGUAAUAAAAAAUAUAUUUAAAAAAAA